AACAGAGGACACCAUAAUAGACAUCAAGAAAAGUAAUUUAUGUGACGAAACGGGUGGUCCAAAGCCGUUGGGAAUGGAGUCGGGGGUCAUCCCUGAUGUGGACAUCACGGCCUCCUCGUCCUAUAACCAGCAGAGUGUCGGACCUCAAAACGCGCGACUAAACCGGGAGAUAUCUGGAGGCGCGUGGUGUCCAUCAAAACAACUCAAUUCUGUCCACUCGGGCAGUGAAUGGAUUCAAGUGGACCUCAAAGACAAGUUUGUGAUCACAGGUGUGGCCACUCAGGGAAGGUUUGGUAAUGGAGUUGGUGUGGAAUAUGCCGAAGAAUACUGGUUGGAGUACUCGAGAGAUAACGGCACCAAUUGGAACAAAUGGACGGGCAGUGAUGGCAACCAUAAAUUGCCGGGAAAUGCGGACACGUAUACAGUGGUGAAAAAUGAGCUGUCUCACCCAUUAGUUGGCAUUAAUCUCAUCCGGAUCGUGCCAUUUGCCGGCCAUCAGAGGACCACAUGCUUGCGAUUCGAGCUUUUCGGCUGCAGACAAAACAGUCUUCCGGUGCGAUACUCAAUGCCCGAUGGCUUCAAAAGUGGCAAAUUUGGUGACUUAUUGGACAUGACUUACGAUGGAAGUCAAGACAACAACGGAUACCUAUACGGAGGUAUCGGUCAACUCGUUGAUGGCAUCAAAGGUGAUGACAACUAUAAGAUCAACAAAGGCUUUGAAUGGAUCGGAUGGAGAAGCGAUGGUGAGGUGAACGAUGGCGUCCAAAUCAUCUUCGAGUUCAAUGGGUUAGAGAACUUCACGUCCGCCACAUUUCACUGCCAUAACCUCUAUAAGCAAGACAUGGAAGUGUUCUCUUCAGCUAAGAUAUGGUUCAGUUUUGACGGCAAGAUAUGGUCCAAAAAACCGGUAGAGUUCUCGUAUAUGGCCGACAACGCCAUCGAUAGGGCCCGGGAUGUGGUCAUUCAUCUGCACCAUCGCAUCGGAAAGUUCGCCAAAUUUGAUCUCAAGUUUGCGAAGAAAUGGAUACUCAUUAGCGAAGUGUCGUUUGAGUUGUCCACCAUUGAAGACAAUUACACGCAAUCCUACACCCAUUUAGAGGCUGUCCACUCGUUGACACCCAUCACCACAGCCGCCAUCAACAGCGACAGGUCUUCGUUGACUGAAUUCAUAGUUUUGAUAUCAUUUGCGUUGGUCUUCACCAUCAUAUUCAGCGCUAGUAUUGUAUUACUUCGGCUCCAUAUGAGACGCAAAGAAAAGUCCGGACACAUCGUCGUCUGUAUGAAGGAUUUGGCGACGACUCCACUGUAUUGUGAGCCCAAAGACAUCAACUCAUCGCGAUCUUCAUCAGCCAAUGAUCCCGAUUAUGCCGUUCCCGAUGUGGCCGUCACUGUGCCGGUGGUCAGCAAUAACAACAACACCAACACUACUAACACUAUAAUACAAACGCCGACAUUCAGUCCCAAACCGUUGCCACAAAUCACUCAACUGUUGAGCCAAAGGUAUUACGCGUCCACUGAUGUCAUCAAAUCACCGAAACUCCAGUCAAAUAGUCUUAUAAUGAAGAGAAAGUUCAAUAACGGAGGAGACAAUGAUAUGAAGUCCUUUAAGUACACAAAUGGUGUGAACGACGCGAUCGUUGACUUGAAAUGCAUUCCUCAGAUCAGCGAAGAGGAGAUCCAAUUGAUUCGCUCACCAUUUGGUUCAUCAAAAUUUGGCGAAAUAUCGAUCGGAAAAUACAAAUAUAAGAUGAGAUCGCAGGCCAGCGAUGGAGAGGUAGUCGACGAGACACUUGUCGUGUUGAAGGCGUUGAGGACCGAGAAGUUGAGGAAUGAGUUUUACCACGAAAUGAAGUCUAAAUGGUUUAUAUCCGCCAAAAGCGAGCGAAUCGCUAAACUCUUCGGUUAUGUCACGACAUCU